CGCCCGCUGCCCGAGCGUCGGCGCAAGCGCGCGCUGCUCCGGCUCGGCUCCGGCGCGGGCGGCCAGGAGCCCUCGGCUGGCUCAGUUAAUGCUUGGGGCCUCGUGGUGGCGGCGGCACGAUGUUUCUUCACUCUGUCAACUUCUGCAACUUGGCGUUCUAUGCCUUCAUGAUCUUCAUGGCCACCCUAGGGCUGUGGGACGUCUUUUUCGGCUUCGAGGAGAACAAGUGCAGUAUGAGCUACAUGUUUGAGUACCCGGAGUAUCAGAAAAUAGAACUUCCAAAGAAAUUGACAAAACGCUAUCCUGCGUAUGAAUUAUAUCUUUAUGGAGAAGGAUCCUAUGCUGAAGAACACAAACUUCUCCCUUUAACUGGUAUUCCAGUUCUCUUUCUUCCUGGUAAUGCUGGAAGUUAUAAGCAAGUUCGUUCUAUUGGCUCUAUUGCACUAAGAAAAGCAGAGGACAUUGACUUUAGGUACCACUUUGACUUCUUCAGUGUGAAUUUCAACGAAGAGCUGGUGGCACUGUAUGGUGGAAGUCUUCAGAAGCAGACCAAGUUUGUACACGAAUGUAUUAAAGCUAUUCUCAAACUCUAUAAGGGCCAAGCAUCUGCUCCAAAAAGUGUGGCGAUAAUUGGCCAUUCUAUGGGUGGCCUUGUUGCAAGGGCACUGUUGACACUGAAGAAUUUUAAACAAGAUCUGAUAAAUCUCCUCAUCACACAAGCCACCCCCCAUGUUGCUCCCGUGAUGCCCUUAGACCGCUUCAUUACAGAUUUUUAUGAAACUGUAAAUGACUAUUGGAUUCUAAAUGCUGAACACAUAAAUUUAACCACGCUCUCUGUAGCUGGAGGAUUCCGGGAUUACCAAGUUCGUUCAGGACUGACUUUUCUGCCAAAACUAAGCCAUCAUGCCAGUGCCUUAUCUGUUGUGAGUACAGCAGUGCCUAAGACCUGGGUGUCAACAGACCACCUCUCCAUCGUGUGGUGCAAACAAUUACAGUUGACUACAGUUCGAGCAUUCUUUGACCUUAUUGAUGCUAAUACUAAACAAAUAACUGAAAAUCCCAAGAAGAAAUUGGCAGUUUUGAGCCACCACUUUAUAAGACACCCAGCAAAACCCUUUGAGGAAGACCCAACACUAAUUGUCGAUUUAACAGAGACAUCUCUGUGGGUUCCAGUAAAAGUGUCAAAAUGGACCUAUGUAGCUUACAAUGAAUCUGAAAAAUUAUAUUUUACAUUUCCUCUUGCACACCAUAGAAAAAUCCACACUCAUGCCUAUUGUCAGAGCAACAUGCUGGACACAAAUAGUUGGAUUUUUGGCUGUGUAAACACCACUCUUAUUUGCCAGCAAGGGGUUGAUCUGUCAUGGAAAACUGAACUGCUGCCGACAAUGAAGUCUCUGACGUUAAGACUUCAAGACUAUCCAUUUUUGUCUCAUCUUGUCGUUUAUGUGCCAUCUGUUCAUGGAAGUAAGUAUGCUGUCGAUUGUGAAUUCUUUAAAAGAGAGGCAAGAUCCUUGCAGCUUCCUGUAACUCAUCUUUUUUCCUUUGGAUUGUCUUCAAGGACAGUGAUAUUAAAUACAAAAGGCCUGUUCUAUAAUAUAGAGCUUCUGAACUUUGGACAGAUAUACCAAGGUUUUACAAUCAACGUAGUAAGCAAGUGCGCAGCAGUCAAAAGCGAAAUAACUAGUAUCUAUAAACUUCAGAUUCCAUGGUCUUAUGAAGAUUCACUAACCAUUGCACAGGCUCCAUCUUCAACGGAAAUUUCUCUGAAACUUCAUGUUGCUCAACCAGAUAAUUACAGCUAUGUAGCCUUGUUAAAAAUGUACACGUCCUCAGACUGUCAGUAUGAGGUAACAAUUAGGACUUCCUUUUCACAAAUCCUUGGACAGGUAGUUAGAUUUCAUGGUGGCGCUCUUCCUGCUUACAUUGUAGCUAACAUUCUUCUUGCUUACGGAGGACAGUUAUACUCUCUUUUCUCAGCAGGUCAUUGCUUAGAAUAUGCUACUAUGUUGGAUAAAGAAGCCAAACCAUACAAAGUUGAUCCUUUUGUAAUUAUGAUUAAGUUUCUAUUGGGACAUAAGUGGUUUAAAGAAUUGUGGGAUGUUUUCUUGUUACCAGAAUUAGAUGCCAUCUUUUUAACUAGUCAGAGCAUGUGCUUCCCCCUCGUGUCCCUGAUUCUCUUCCUGUUUGGAACGUGCACUGCCCACUGGGGUGGCCUGCUGUCCUCUGCGUCGGUGCGGCUCCUGUCCUCGCUGUGGCUCGCUUUGAAAAGGCCCUCAGAACUUCCUAAAGAUAUCAAGAUCAUGUCAUCAGACGUAACCAUUUUGACCAUUGUUUUGAUCAUAGUUAGUUGGGCGACUUGUGGAGCAUUGGCCAUACUUCUCACUUAUCUGUACUAUGUGAUUAAGAUUGUUCAUCUGCAAGCCAUUCUAACAAAUUUUAAAAAUAGCCAAACUGUGAACCCAAAACACCCUAGAAGAAGUGAAAAAAAAUCCAACCACCAUAAAGACUCUGCAGCACACCAUCUUCGUUUGUCUGCCGGUGAUGCUGAGGACAGUCUCCGCAUGCACAGCACUGUGAUCAACUUACUCACCUGGAUCGUGUUACUCAGCACGCCGUCCUUAAUUUACUGGUUCAAGAACCUUCGGUAUUACUUUAAACUUAAUCCUGAUCCAUGUAAACCUUUGGCAUUUAUCCUUAUUCCAACUAUAGCAAUUCUUGGAAAUACUCACAACAUUUCAAUAAAGUCAAGUAAAUUGUUGAGGACUGCUUCACAAUUUCCACUUCCUCUGGCUAUUGGUGUGAUUGCUUUUGGGUCUGCACAGUUAUACAGGGUUCCAAGUUGUGUUUUCAUUUCUCUUUUCCUCCAUGCAUUAUGUAACUUUAUGUAGGGUUGGAUCUAAGGGAUGGUGAUGGUGAUUUUGACCCUUAGGGUCACUAGUAAGAGAGGUUGCACAGAUCCGUCAGUACAGACAAGAUGCUUUGGAGAAGACACGUCUAUUUUUACAAUGUUGAAAACAGGAAAUUAGUUUUGUAAUGCUUGAAGAGAGUAGUUGAAGCAUGGUUCUGUUUGGUGGUGUGACAUCUGUGUAAUACUCAUUUUUUAAAAAAUUGGUGGACACUAUCUUGGAGGACUCCUCUGCAUAUCAGCUCGUCUGCUUGGCUGGUCACACGAGGGAGCUUCUCCUAAACACCCAGUAAAUGUAAAGCAUUUUUCGUGACCUCACCUCAAGCAUUUUGCUCAUUUCAUCAAACUUUCUUCUGAAAAAUGGGUUACUUUGUAUCUACAGUGCGUAUUGAGAAAAUCGUUUUAAAAGAUUAAUGAAAUUCACAACCAUCUGCUCUCUCCCAAAUGGAGUAGCCACAAAGAGUGUUUGGCCUGUCCUCAGCAGCCGUGGCGAACCACCUAGGUCUUUUGUUUUCUCACAUCUGUGAAAACACUGCUUUUUAUUUUAAGGAGACGUGUUUUCUUAGUAACUGAUGGAACACCAGUGGACAGAAAUAAUUCAAACUUCCAACUUAAUGAAAUGUUCUUGUUGCUUUACAAAUGCAAACCUUAGCUUUAUUCCUGGUGAAUUUGAGGAGACUCAUUACAGAGAUCUGUUGUUAAACUUGAAGAAAAUCCCCAAUGACACUGACUUGCUGGGAUUGGAACACAUCAGUUAUUCGUUCUAUACUGUUUCCUUUACCAGUUUUACCAUUGACCCGUGGUUGCCAGAAGUGCCUCAGGUCCAGUUACUAAAAUAACAUUCCAGUGGUCAGAAAAAACUCCAGGUUUUCCGUUUUUGACUACUGUGGGAAGAAAUUAGCAUGAUCAUGUACAGUACCGCAUUUGGUGUAUAGAAUUAUACUGUUAAUGGAGUAACAGACAGACUGGUGCUCCACUAAUAGCAUAAGUAUGAACAGUGAACCUGAAUAAAGUACAGGCUGUAGCCUCUAGGUUUAACAGUGCAAUCCUAAUUUGCCAAGGUGAUCACUGUUUGACAGGUAAGAGAAUGAUAUUUCUAUAUUUCACUUCAGAUUUCAGCUCAUUUUUAACUACAAGAGUAGGAAGUAGGUAAUGGAGCUAGGUAUCUUUGCCUUAAGAAAGGAUAAACUCAGGCUGAGGUGUAUCUGGCUGAUAGAGCCCUUCCUUUAGAUGUAUAUGCUGUAAAUACCUAAAACCUCUCAAGUCCUUAAGUCUCAGUAAUUCCACUGUUGCACCUGUGAACUUGUGUCCUUCUUAGUAUUAGAGUACCAAGUUCAUCUUAUGUGCCGUUGCAUCUGGAUUCCAUUAGAACCUCUCAGCUGUUACUGCCUUUGGAGGGUUAUCCCCACAUUCCUGCUGGUCACUCCAGGAAUGAGUCACUCCACAGGGUCGCUCCACUUCUCUUCUCAGUUGUUCCUCAGGUCCUUGCUCUUUUGGCAUCAAAGAGGGUCUUGCUGUUAUUUCUGAGGCUUGUAAGUUUGUUUGAUUCCAUUUUUGUCUUUCCCAACUUCAUGCCUAUUGUUCAGAAGUCGUAUUUUCACUUUACCAAUUCCAUUAAAGAGAAGUGGUAACCUCAUAGUGUAGUGUUCAUGGCAGACAUACCAGGCUCUUAUUUGAGACAAGUAGCAAAAGGGAUAAAAUACAAAAUGCUUAUGUGUUCAGUACCUGAAAGGAAAGAGAAUGUAUUAGAUUAUACCCCCAUCCCAUGGACCACCACACAUAUGUUUCAGUAAGGACACAUCUGCCAACGUGUAACUUAUACAUGUUCUCAUAGGCAACUUCUGCACACAAUGUGUCUGUUAUUUUCUUCAUGGGUGUAAUUGUAUUUCAAGUUACAGAUUAAAUGUGUCGCUUAACUAUUUCUGAAUUCAAACUUAGGUUUACACACAGAAAGAACUUUAGAAAUAGUUGUUAAUUUGAAUCCCUUUGACAGCCGUGAUCACUGUUUCGUGUUGUGAAGUCUCCGUGUUUGGUGGGUGCUGCUCAUGAACGCAGUGUAACUAACGAGCUUCAAGUUCCCCCUCCUGAGUAGUGGUGUGCAUUAGCUUUUUAGAGCAGCAGGCGAGGCACACUCAUUGUCGUUAACAGAUCUCCUGGGAGUGUAGUUAUCAAGUUCUAAAGUCUUACUGGUUCUAACAAAACAUUGCAUCUUAGAGCUGCAAAAAGGAUUCUAAUUAAACAUUUGAGAAAUGACAGUAGGUUGGGUCUUUAGCCAUUGUAUACAUAAAUAUACAGACUUUUUAAAACAUUUCCACAGGGUCUUCACCAAGUCUUGAUGCACUUUAAGCCCAAAUAACUACCAGAGAGGAGAAGGUAGGCUCUGAAGAUUAGCAAAUGUGGAUGUUUCUGUCACUCAAGUGAAGGAAAGCGCUUUUCUGUUUCCAUCACGGAUUGUUUCUGUCGCGCUUAGGACCCGUGUCAGCUGGCGGAGCAGCUCGGCCUCGACAGGGCUGUCACUGAACACGGGACUGUGUAUUGGUGGUCGGGGACUGUCCGGUUCAGCAACCCUGCUGUUUGUUGAUACACUUUUAUUUAGAACUUGCUGAGUUUUGAGUAACUGAGUAACUUUUUGCUUAUAAAAAUUACUCCUGGUCCUUAUGGUUGGUAAUGGGAUCAGACAGAGACAGGCAGGAGAAACAGUAGCACUUGCACUGUUUCUAAAGCUUCCCCCAGAGUUACGACUCUUACAGUUUACACCUGAUAACACAUAGAAAUCGUCAAAGCCCUUUUUCUUGGAUCUCCUUCCUGCCAGAAAUUAAACAGGUUCUGCUAAGUGUUUCUUCAUUUGUCACCAGAAUGGAAAUAUUCAAAAGAGCGGUCCUAAAAAAACCACUUGUGCCUGAUUAACAUUGAUUUUUUUUUUAGUCUCUUUAAUAUACAUUGAUCAUGUAUCAGUCUUCAUAUAUAUGUAUAUAUUUUUUUUUGGUCAGAUAAAUUUAGAUAUAUAAUGGAAACCUUUUCUUGAUCCAACUCCACUAUGAUACCUACAUGAUUAUAUAGUAGGGAAAAAGAAGGAGGGCACUCCAGUAGGCCUAGAAAACGUUUGUUGUGGAUUUACUGUGUCAGUCAUGCAGCCGUUUCUUCCUUACACCGACGCACGGGAGGCAUAGUGUCCGAUCUGUUCUGUAUCUGGUUCUGACACUUACCUUCAGAACUUCCACUUGUAGCAUACUUCAUUUACUUCACCCCACUGCUCACUAGCACUUCUUAUAGAAGGUGGUCAAGGAAAAUAAAAGGAAGUAAAACUGUUUUCAGUUCAGUUCCUGAAAGCUCUGGGGAAAACGGGGGAAGCACAAAGACCGUGAGACAGACUAGGGCAGUUGAUUACGGAACCCCCCAGGUUGGCCUAUGUUUACAUCUUACACGUUAGGUCUGAAUUAGUGUAACGUCAUACUUUAUUACAAGGUUUAGUGCAGAACUUUACAGUGUUGCAUUUGCAAUUUUAGUAAAUUAAAAUCAGUUAGGAAGAAGGUGUGAAUGUGCUGUGACUUUCUAUGACCAGGCAUUGUGGGUUGCCUUUCAUCAGCAGCCUUUGAUUUCUCAGUAUGUCUGGGGAACAGGACACCUUGGGAAGUCGGGGUGGAGGGGUCAGUUUGGAGAGCAUGGCACGCCCCAGGGUGAAGGAGGCACAGAAAUGUCUUUGUAUUAUGAAAUUAGACCCUGACUGAAAACCCUGUUGCCACAUAAGGUAAAUAAAUAAAUGUAGAAGACAUUCUAGGAAAUGGCAAGGUGAUGGGGAGCUGUAUUAGCCCGGUCUUUUUGGAUAAAGGACAUUUCGAUUUCUUUCAGGAACUCUUGUUUAUUCUUUUCCAAUAAGUUUUAACAGCCUGAGGAAAUAGAAAGCUAUGAAGCUACUCACAUUUUUUAUUGUUAAUAAGGAGGAUAGGAAAGAAAAGUCAGGUCAGUAAUCCAAAUGUGUGUACUUAAAUGUCCAAGAACUCGCUUCCCUUGAUAAUGUAUUCUGAAUACAGAAGAAUGACUUAUGUAUAUUAAUAACUUAAGAAUGGAGUAAAAUUUGGAAACAGUGAGAAUAGGCUACUAUUCAUUAAUAGUAUAAAUACUAGGAUGGGCAACAGUAGGUUUACAGUAGUUCACCUGGAAAGUAAAUGAUACAAUAAUAAAAACACAAAAGUAAACUGUGUCUCGUGUACCCACAACUGUAAACCUGGUUUUGCCUGCCCCUGUGUCACACUGCACAGGGAUUGGUAACACGUCUUUCAAAAGCUAGAUGAUCUUAUCAGCUACACUUUGAUUACAUUGUCCACGGCUGAAGUUUUUUAAAUCAAGUGCGGCAGGUACUAAAAGUGGCACGUUAUGCUUCCAAAAAUGGCUGUUUUGAAAUACCAAGUAACCAGUUACUUUCUGAUGACUUUGUAUAGAACUUGAUGUAUAUGAGUCAGAAUUAUUCUGCACUGAUUCCGUACAUUGUAACUUUGAACACUUAUGAUGUAUUUUGAUUAGUGAAGUGUAAAUUUGUUUGCAUAUUUGAAUUCUAAUCUUAAUUUAGGAAGUCUAAAGGUAGCCAUUUUUGUAAAGUUAGUAUGCUGGUUUUUUUAAUGUUAUCUUGGUUUUUAGUAUUUGAAUAGUAGUGAAGUUACUAGUAAAAGAUUUAUACACAAAGCAUAGAACUAUUACCUGUUCAAAAGCCUAACCGAUAGGCAUAUUUUAUAUUUCAUACUGCACUUGUUUUGUUUCAUAUUGGACUUUUGGACUUUUUACAUCUCUUUUUUAAGAAAAAAAAGACACACUUGUUUUUUUGUUUUUUGUUUUUUUUUAGCAUAAACCUCCACAUUGUAAAACAAAACUGUGUUCAUAUGGUUAGCAAAACACACAUUGCCACCAAAGCUAAGCGGAAAUGUAAAAUACCUCUAGACGCGUGUGCCAAUGAACUCUUCUUAGCAUAUUGGGAUUAAAGCAAAAAUAAUUUUUCAGUAUUUUCCAUGUAGGACUUAUACUAAAUAUGUAAAUCCUCACAACUUAUAUUCUGUACACUAAUUUUUCUUUGAAAAUAUACAAAACUUAUAGCACAGUCAUAUCCUAUUUCAUCUGAUUUCUGAAAUAAUGUUCUCUGAUUUGGGGCAUAAAAGUUAGUUUACCCAAUAAUGAUCUUUCAGUAAUUAGUUGAGGUAAUCAUUUGAAGCAGUUUUACUUUAGAUUCAUUCUGUGACGUGAAACUAAAAAUUUGUUGCACAGAUCGUUUUUAGUGCAGGCGUCUCUCUUGCUUAUGCAGUGAAAGUUUAUAGAAUUUGCUGUCUGUGUAUUUCCAUUCAGUCCCUUCAUACAGUGACAUGUUUCACAGGAGAAAAGUGUCCACUGGAGCCUGACGUAGUGCAAUGAGGUAAAUAUUUUUAAAUGCACAUCUGAAAGGAAAAUAUUUUAAAAAUCAAGGUGUUAAUGCUGAAGUGUUAAUAUUGGUAAAGUGUUGUACUCUUGAGAGAAAAGUAGAAAUAUGAUAAACUCAAAAACUGUGAAUUUUACCUGGUUAAAAUUCUUUAGUUUCUCCCCUGUACAAAUUCUCGAAGGGAGUUUUAGUUCCUCAUGUUACAGUACUUCCCUUAACGUCACUUGCCGUUCCUGUGCCUCACGAUGCUGGUGCAGUUCGCCCGGGCAGCCUUGGAAGUAAAGAGGCAGCUGAGAAAGCCAAAUAUGAAACUGUUUAGCAUUGAUUUAGUGACAGUUUAUCCGAUAAUCUGGUGGGGACUGUGGAUGUUAGUAAAAAGAUGACUUAAAAAUUAAGUGAACUCUGUAUUUUGGAAUGAGUUUGUCCUUUGUGUUGAAUAAUUUUAUCCUAAGUAGGUGAUGCCUGUAUUUAACAUAACCAUACUUUCUCCAUAAUCAAAUAUAUAUUUAUUUGAAUAUUGGUAGAAAUAACCUUCUCUUCCUCUGCUGUGAAGGGGAAAAACUCCAGUUUUUAGUGUAUAUAAAUUAGGAAAUUGUAUUGUAUAUUUACAUUUUUUAAAAUACAAAAAUGACUUAAAUAUGUUAUUUUUAAGUGAUUGUAUUGUGGUUUUUUCAACUUAUGACUAACUAAAUGUAGCAAUGUACCCAUGAGAAACCAGACCAAAAUUGAAUGCAUAUUAUUAUCACUGUGACCUUGAACUUAUAGUCGUUGGAGAUAAAAUAGACUGUGCCUUAAAAUGAUGAAGGAAUGCCCUGCAAUUUUAUAACUGUGUAUUUUAUUAUGGGUGGUCUUCUCAAAUUGGCCCCAACUCCUUUUUUUAUUUUUUUGAGGUUGGCGAAGUAAAAAAUUUAAAUAAAAGUAUUUCCCUAAGUAUUUGCAGAACUUUUGCUCUAAAGGCAGCUCUUAACUUUCAGAGUCUCAUUUCAAAUUAAAAUUGACUUAUACUUUACAGAUACAGAAGUUUAUGUGUGGCAAAAGUUUAUGAAAAUACUUUUUAGGAAGAUGGUGGUGACACUUCUGUUCUGAAUUUAUUAUACGUGGAAAGAUUAAUCUUCAGUGUAGUUUUUUGUCUUUUUUAAUAAAUAUCAAGACAAAUUCUCCCCUAAGCCACAAGGAAAAAGUACAAACUUUUUUUCCCUCAGAUUAUUGAGGUUUAUAUUUAGGUGUAAGGUAAAGUAAUUUAACUGAAUAAUGAUUUUUCAGUAAACUAAAAUUCAUGUAGUAUCUUUUUAAAUAUUAUUUUCCCCUUUUCUGUUUUUCUUUUUCUUUCCUAAUUAUUUUUAAGAUUUGAGAGAACUGGCUGCAGUUUUGCUUGUUUCUCUAAUGUAAAGGCUUGCAUUUUUACAAUGCUUAUUUAAAAUUCUGGAUAUAAUUUCUAUUAAAACAAAUUAUUGCAUUCAUAGAAUGUUCAUGGUCUCUGCCAAAAGAAGCCCACAUCUCUCAUAAAUUGUUGUAUUUUAAUUUUGAAUGUAAAUGUAACACAUCUCUUUCUUCCCAUUUUGUGUUCACUACCUUCCCAUAAAGACGUAAGUACAGGUUUCUCUAAAAGUACGCAGAAACAAAGCAAGUCUCUCCUUACAGCGUGGUUCGACUGACUUGGAAGUAGUUUGGGCGAGGGUAUGUAACCAAAUAAUGGCUGUUAACCUACGUCAGUGUUUGUAUUACAAUUAAAAGCUUAUAGAAGAUAAACUGUGUUAUGCUGAGUUGGACUCAGUGUUCAUUUAUCUGCAAAUUGAUCAUUUUGUUCUCAUCUAGAAAAUGCAAUGAAUAGUAACAAUAAGUACAAAGAAAUCUGUCCUAUAGUGUAUACUGAAAAAUACUGUCACCUUGCAGCUCUUUCAUUUAAACAUGCAUGAUAUUUUCCAGCUUUGUACAGUAUAUGGUGUGCUAAAUAUAUUUAUGUGUAAUUUUCUGUGUAUUUUGGUAUGGUAUAUAAUUAACAUUAUGACAUUAACUGGUUGUAAUUCACAAAAUGCAAUUUAUUGUACUCUGUAGAGUGGUGAAUGUUUUUAUCUGUGUUUCAACAUUAUGGUGUGGGGUUUAACAGGUGAAUAUUUGCCCUAAGUCUCUGCUCAGGUAUUAAUGUGUAGCAAUUUUUGGUGCUUUCUUUCCAAUCUGUCAUAAUCGGGUGUUCUGAAUGUUCAACAAUAAAUCUGGUGAA